UUCAUGUGUGCAACCGAGCCAACGUGUCAUGCGUACUACACACGGCGGUGAGAGGACACGGACCCAACAUGCACGACCGAAAUCAUGUGGAGUUAUUGAUAGCGUUUGACUAGAACUGUGAUUUUACAGGAGAACAUAUUGGGAGUAGACACACUUGAAUAAUUUAGCAACUGUCAAAACCAUGUUUCGGCAAACGAAGGCGCUGUUCCAGAAACUUCGAUACCAAACGUUAAGGUUCAAUGGACAGCCGCAUACAUGGAAGCUGAAGAGCACUUCAGCAAGAGAGAGGGCAGUUCAGUACCAACCAGGACAGAAGAUCCAUGGCUUUACUGUCAGAGAGGUUGUAGCGGUCCCUGACUUGUUUCUCACAGCAGUGAAGUUGAGCCAUGAUAAAACUGGAGCUCAGUACCUCCAUGCAGCCAGAGAUGAUUCCAAUAACCUCUUCAGUGUCCAGUUCAGAACGACCCCCAUGGACAGCACGGGGGUCCCACACAUCCUGGAGCACACGGUGCUGUGUGGAUCUGAGAAGUAUCCCUGCCGAGACCCUUUCUUCAAGAUGCUUAACAGGUCCCUGUCCACCUUCAUGAACGCUUUCACAGCCAGUGACUACACCAUGUAUCCAUUCUCAACCCAAAAUGGUAAGGACUUCCAGAAUCUGCUGUCGGUCUAUCUGGAUGCAGUUUUCUUCCCAUGUUUACGAGAGCAGGAUUUCUGGCAGGAGGGCUGGAGGCUGGAGAAUGAAAACCCCACAGAUCCCAACUCCCCUCUGGUUUUUAAAGGAGUGGUGUUCAAUGAAAUGAAGGGGGCUUUUUCGGACAACGAGCGUGUGUACGCCCAGCACCUCCAGAACAAGCUGUAUCCAGACCACACCUACUCUGUGGUGUCAGGAGGAGAGCCCCUAGCCAUCCCCGACCUUACCUGGGAGCAACUCCGACAAUUCCACGCCACACAUUACCACCCCAGCAACGCUAGGUUCUUCACCUAUGGAGAUUUGCCUUUGGAGCAGCAUCUGAAGCAGAUUCAAGAGGAAGCUCUGUCCAAGUUUGAACGCAUCAACCCGAACACAGAGGUCCCCUCCCAGCCACACUGGAGCAGCCCUAGAGAGGACCAUGUGACCUGCAGCCCUGACGCUCUGGCUCCGGAUCCAGCCAGGCAGAACACGCUGUGUGUGAGCUACCUGCUGGGAGACAUCACUGACACGUUUGAAGGAUUCACUCUCAGCCUGCUGUCCUCUCUAAUGAUCUCUGGACCAAACUCUGCCUUCUACAAAGCUCUCAUUGAACCCAAGAUAGGAACUGACUUCUCUUCUGUCGUGGGAUAUGAUGGCAGCACCAAAGAGGCAUCGUUCAGCAUAGGACUGCAGGGAAUAGCUGAGGAGGACACAGAGAGGGUGAAACAAAUCAUCAGCCAAACCAUCGAUGACAUUAUAGAGAAUGGCUUUGAGGAGGACCGAAUCGAGGCUCUCCUUCAUAAGAUUGAGAUCCAGAUGAAACACCAGUCCACCAACUUCGGCCUGUCUCUGGCCUCUUACAUAGCAUCGUCGUGGAACCAUGACGGCGACCCGGUCGAGCUGCUGCAGAUCAGCAACAGCGUUGCCGAGUUCAGACGGGCCCUGAAGGAAAACCCUCACUUCCUCCAGGACAAAGUCAAGCACUACUUUAAGGAGAACACACACAGACUGACCCUGUCCAUGAGCCCAGAUGAGGCCUACAUGGAGAAACAGUCCAAGGCUGAGGAGGAGAAGCUCCAGAAAAAGAUCCAGGCUCUGUCUGACAGUGACAGAAAAGAGAUCUAUGAGAAAGGUCUGGAGCUGCUGGCUGCUCAGAGUAAAACCCAGGAUGCCUCCUGUUUGCCUGCACUCAAAAUGUCCGACAUUGAGCCCACGAUACCCAUCACUCCUGUUCAAAUCGGCACUGCAGAAGGCAUACCAGUUCAGUACUGUGAGCAGCCCACCAACGGCUUGGUUUACUUCAGAGCCAUGUGUAGUCUCAACACCCUGCCAGAGGAGCUCAGGCCUUAUGUGCCGCUCUUCUGCAGUGUUAUUACCAAGAUGGGCUGUGGAUCUCUGGACUACAGGCAACAGGCCCAGCAGAUGGAUCUGAGGACAGGGGGCAUGUCUGUCUCCACCCAGGUUAUCCCUGACUCCACCCAGCUGGACAUGUACGAGCAGGGUGUCCUCCUGUCCUCCUCCUGCCUGGAGAGGAACCUUCCUCACAUGUUUCAGCUGUGGAGCGACAUAUUCAACAGCCCCAACUUUGAUGAGGUGGAGCGCCUGAGAGUGCUGGUGAUGAUGGCAGCACAGGAGUUGGCCAAUGGGAUCUCCUACUCUGGUCACAUGUAUGCUAUGACCCGUGCAGGCCGUCACCUGACUCCAGCAGGAGACCUCCAGGAGACUUUUGGUGGGAUGGAACAGGUGAAGUUUAUGAAGAGGAUAGCUGAGAUUUCAGACCUCAGCCAAGUCAUCCGAACACUACCCAGGAUCAAAAAACACCUUCUCAACCCUGACAACAUGAGGUGUGCAAUCAACACAACUCCACAGAAAAUGUCUGACACAGCAGCACAGUUGGAGAGUUUCAUGAAGGAAGUCGCUGGAAACAGAAAGGAACGCAAACCUGUCAGAACUAAUAUUAUUGAGAGGCCUCUAGACUCCCUGGAUGACUCCGGACCGAGUAGGAAACUCAUCUCUGAGUUCAAUUUCCAGCCAUGUCAGAUGAAAACUUUCUUCCAGCUGCCCUUCCCUGUCAACUUUGUCAGCGAGAGUAUUCGUACGGUACCAUUCUCCCACGAGGACUACGCCAGUUUGUGCAUCUUGGCGAGGAUGAUGACGGCAAAAUUUCUUCAUGGAGAAAUCCGGGAGAAGGGAGGAGCCUACGGUGGCGGGGCCAGGGUGGGAGGAGGUCUUUUCUCCUUUUACUCAUACAGGGACCCCAACUCAGUGCAGACCUUAUCUGCGUUUCGUAAAGGUGUGGACUGGGCAAAGUCGGGACAGUUCACCCAGCAGGACAUCGAUGAAGCCAAACUGUCAGUCUUCUCAGCUGUCGACUCACCUGUGGCCCCCGCAGACAAAGGAAUCGGUCGCUUCCUCAGUGGAGUCACAGAUGAGAUGAAGCAGAAUCACAGAGAGAGACUCUUCGCUGUCAGUCACAAAAGUUUGGUGGAAGUGGCCGAAAGAUACCUCGGUGUUGGUCAGAGGACGUGUGGCGUUGCUAUCCUGGGGCCAGAGAACGAGACGAUUAAGAAAGAUCCCUCGUGGAUUGUAAAAUAAUCCAAUCAGUAUGUAUUUUAUAAUUGAUCAUUUGACUUCCAAUGUACCAUGGUGGCAAAGAAGCUGAAGCGCACAAUAUGAAGAGGAAGAAUGUAAUCUGAUUCUUUCAGAUUAUUUUCUUUCUCUAUGUUCCGUUAUGUACGUAUUUAUGGAAAUGUGAUUACAUUAUCAUUGGAAUACAAAAUCUGAGUCACCUCUUUAUUUAGUGAUUCCUGGAGUGUGUAACACCUUGAAAACCUCAUGACUUUGCAGUUUAAGGAUAAUAUGGUCCCUCUGAAAGUUAAUUGAAUUUCCUGAACACGAUAUCAGAAAUAUCCUCUUCAAUAUAAAAACUAAUUUAACCCAACAGUGAUGUACAAAUGAUAAUGACAAAAUAAUUAAGUAACAAAUCACCAAUGCAACGCUCCUACAAAAGGUGGGUCAUAUUAGGUUAAAUGCAAUUUAGCAGUGUUUCUCUACCUCCUAUAUACUGUAAACCUCAGUUUCUGAACUCUAAAAAUCAUUGAUUUCCUUUACAGCUGUAAAUAUUUGGUAUUGCAUAUGUUUUUGGGUUGUUUUUUUAAUCUUCAAAUUCUUUAACACUUAUUGUGUCAGCCCUCACAAAGGGUCAAUAAAAACACAGUAUUAUCUCACUUA